CCAAUUUUUUCGAUUCCAAGUUUUGUUUCGGCACGGGACUAACCCAGGCUGCCAUAACGCCGUCGAAGAAGCGGCCAAUUGCUGCGACAUCGCUCGCAACAACUGCGCCCGCCCGGCUCCUUUUUGUGGACACCAGAGGGCAAAACUCCCGACACCAAUAGGCUGCGCGCACGAGCCGCCGCGGCGCCCACACCACCACACAACCUGCCAACCGUGAAUGCCCACAGACACGCCCGCAGCCAUGCCCCCCCAGACCUCCGCCGCUAAAACAUUAUGGGCGGUAGGCGGCUACAUGAUGUGCUCCGCGACACUGUUAAUUGGCAACAAGUACGCGGUGCACAAAUUGCCCGCGCCCUCCUUCAUCCUCUGGGCCCAGUUGUUUGGGACGGCCGUCGCCGUGAAAACGGCGCACAUGGGUGGGCUCAUUUCUCAUCUCGAUGCGCUCGAGUACGAUAAAUUGAGAGCCUUCUUCCCCGUGGCGCUGAUCUUCUGCGCGACGAUCUUCACGAACAUCAAAUCGCUGGAGUACGCCAACGUCGAGACGUUCAUGAUUUUUCGGUUCUCGACGCCGCUGUGCAUCUCGAUAGCAGACUAUAUAUUUCUGGGAAGACACCUACCCUCCGCUCGUAGCUGGUUGUGCCUCGUCAUGCUCUUGCUAGGAGCCAUGGGCUACGCAUUAACCGAUGCAGCUUAUGUGGUAAGGGGCUACAUGUUUUGUGGUUUAUGGUACUUCAUAUUUUGCAUGGACCAGAUCUACCUGAAGCACGUCACGUCCACCGUGAAGAUGGAGUCGAACUGGGGUAGGGUGCUCUACUCGAAUCUGCUGGCUUCUCUCCCAUUAUUCUUCAUGGCGCUCGGAGAACAGGAGGCCAUCCAGAACGCAUCCACCGAAGCGUUGAUGGUGGUCAUGGUGACCGUGGUGUUGGGGACGGCCAUGUCCUACUACGCCUGGCUGGCUCGCUCACUCGUGUCGGCUACCUUAUUUACGAUCCUCGGCAACGUGUGCAAAGUGGUCAGUAUCGGCAUCAACGUGUCGCUGUGGGACAAGCACGCGUCGCCGUUUGGGAUCGCCUGCCUCAUGUUCUGCCUCGUCGCGGCCUACUUCUACAAGCAGGCGCCGCUCCGCGACGCGCCUACUGACCUGCCGAAGUAGAGGUCUUCCGUCGGGUUGCGCGCGUAAGUUUCUCUCGGUUUCU